UAGCCAUGUCUCUCCAUCUCACCACCGUCUCUUCCCUCUUACCACCGCCACAACAUCCGCCUCCUCUCUCCACCGCCUCCUGCUUCUCAGAUCCGACCUCCACAACCACAACAAACAGUGAGCUCGUCCCUCCCUCCAUCCUUGUCGCCUCCUGUAGCCAUCGCUGUCUUCUGUGACUCCGACCCCCACCAUAACGCCCUCCUCCUGCGACCACCAUCCUUUCUACCCCGGUCACAAUUGCCUCUUCCUUCUUCUCGACCUAACCACCACCAAAGUCAGGGAAGAGAGAUAGCAGAGAGAAGAGGGAGACUGACGUACAGAGAGAGAAUUAUUCAGCUGAAAACCCGAUUUUGCCCUUGUACUUUAAUAAAAAUUACAAAAAAAAGUAACUGCUGUCGUAUUUGUGUCUAAAUAUGUGUGUUCAUCUAUUCUGUAAAAUAAAAUAUUUGUUUUCUCUUUCUCUUCUUUUUCUCUUCCUAUCAUUUUUGAAUCUCGCAUCGAAUCAAGCUCUUGUCGUUUCACUCUCAAUCAUAAGGAUUUAAACUUUUCAUGAUUUGAGAAUUUCAUGAAAUUUGAGUAGUGGAAAAUUCACAUGCAUGAGUGAAAUUGAAGGAUUCAUUGAUAUUUUGAUUGAUAUAUUAAGCUAAUGAUGGCUUCAGCUGCUGUUAAUUUCGUGAACACUACAUUAAAUUGGGUUACAUAUGCUUUAGAUGCACCUUCUGCAAGAGCUAUAGUUUUUGGAUAUAAUUUUGGUGGACAUUUAUUUAUUGAAGUUUUUCUCUUGGUGGUCAUACUUUUCUUGCUUUCUCAGAAAAGUUACAAGCCUCCUAAAAGACCUUUGACAAACAAGGAAAUUGACGAGUUAUGUGAUGAAUGGGUUCCACAACCGCUUAUUCCUUCUCUUGAUAAAGAUAUGCACUAUGAACCACCAGUGCUGGAGAGUGCUGCUGGCCCUCAUACCAUAGUUAAUGGUAAAGAAGUUAUCAAUUUUGCUUCAGCAAACUAUCUUGGGCUUAUAGGUCAUCAAAAGUUACUUGACUCAUGCACUUCUGCUUUAGAGAAAUAUGGUGUUGGUUCAUGUGGCCCCCGUGGAUUUUAUGGAACAAUUGAUGUACAUCUUGACUGUGAAGCAAGAAUAGCAAAAUUUUUACGAACGCCUGAUUCAAUUCUAUACUCUUAUGGACUUUCCACCAUGUUCAGUGCUAUUCCUGCUUUUUCUAAAAAAGGAGAUAUAAUUGUGGCGGAUGAAGGAGUCCACUGGGGAAUACAGAAUGGCCUUUAUCUUUCUAGAAGCACUGUCGUGUAUUUUAAGCACAAUGACAUGGAUUCUUUAGAAGAAACAUUAGAGAAGCUUAGUUCUAAAUAUAAGCACACCAAGAAUUUGAGGCGUUAUAUUGUUGUCGAAGCUCUCUACCAGAAUUCUGGUCAAAUAGCACCCUUAGAUGAUAUCAUUAAAUUGAAGGAAAAAUAUCGGUUUCGUAUUUUACUGGAUGAGAGCAACUCAUUUGGCGUGCUUGGAAGUUCUGGAAGAGGUCUCACUGAACACUAUGGAGUUCCAGUUGAGAAGUUAGAUCUUAUAACUGCUGCUAUGGGACAUGCAUUGGCCACAGAAGGAGGAUUCUGCACCGGAAGUGCAAGAGUUAUAGAUCACCAGCGAUUGAGUAGCUCUGGCUACGUCUUUUCUGCUUCUUUGCCUCCAUAUCUUGCAAGCGCUGCAAUUACAGCUAUUGAUGUCCUUGACGAAAAUCCCAAUGUAUUAACAAAGUUGAAGAACAACAUUGCUGUGUUAUGGAAAGGGUUGUUGGAAAUACCAGGCUUCACGAUUGCGAGUCAUCCAGAGUCACCAAUUGUUUAUUUGAGAUUAAAGAAGUCAACGGGUUCUUUGAAUGAUGACCUACGCCUGCUUGAAAAUAUUGCCGAACGUGUUUUGAAAGAAGAUUCUGUAUUUGUGGCGACUUCUCGAAGAUCAACAUUAGACAAGUGCCGUUUACCUGUCGGAAUAAGAUUGUUUGUUUCUGCAGGGCAUUCAGAGUCCGAUGUUCACAAGGCAUCUGAAUCAUUGAAAAGGGUUGCUGCAUUAGUUUUGUAGACUGUAACCUUUUAUGUAAUGUAAUAUUGUAUGGGCUAGCUUAGGGUAACACUAUUUUUUUGCGUGUUGCUCGUUGAUACGUGUUAAGUGAUAGAAUAAGGAUUUAAGUUUCUAAUUGUGAGUUGGGGAAUUGCUUAUGAAUUCAUUCGGAUAUUUUUUCCGGUACUCUUUGCAUGUUAGAAGUGUUAAUACUAAACUGUUCAUUUGUUUUAUCAAAAAAA